AUGUGGCGUUGGUUCACCUACGAGGAAGAAUACCCGGGAGAAGAGUCGAAACAUGAUCCAAACAAUGUACUCGCACGCCAAACCAGCAGCAGCAGCGGGCGGCUUUCCGCUAAAUCUCCGCACGGCAGUAAUGGUGGCACCGACAGCGACUCAGACGUGGCACCGACGUUUGACAACCUGGAUCCGUCAGUGACUGCUGCAAUACUGGCCCAGGCUGCGUUUCGAGGCUACCGCCUCCGUGAGCGCCUACGCCGCCUGCCCGCGAGGGAGGCGGAGAAGCACAUAUUGGGCUUGCACAACAACGCUCGCGGCUUCCGGCGGGUGGGCCUCUUCUUGCUGUUUUCCGGGCUGUACUUCACGUUGGUCUUUUACGGAGUGGACGUGGCUUUCCAGCGCUCUGUGCAGCAGGCGCUGAGGGAUCACGUUGCCGGGGUUAAGUACGGUCCGGAUCUGGACAAGACCCAUCAUGACGUCGCGUCCCUCGGGGAUGUUCACGACUGGAUUCAGAUCGCGCUCAACUGCAUCGGCGUUUUCCUAGAGAAGUGCGAAGAGGUUCUAGGGCUACCCUCCUCCAACACCACCGCCUCUUCGUCCACAGCAACAUCGGAGGCAGUGGCGGCCAAUUUCUCGGCUCUUCUCGAGGAACUAGAUCUUGAGCCCUCGGGAGGGGUUCGGGCCUCCGGAGGCUACGUCACCGUCGAAAACGUUAAUUACGACGGUAACGGGUACGCGGGUGAUAGAAACCGAGCAAUCGGCGGGAUGCUGGUGACAUUCACCCGCAGAAAUCGACUCUCGAGCGAUGAGUGCUCUUCGUCCUCGUCCGGCGACUACUACGACAUAUGUCUAGCCGACGAGGGUACGAACAAGACCACCUAUUCCCCGCCACAGCCGUGGGCAUCCUUCAGACAGAGCGAGGAAAUGGUCUACAGCGGAGUGGCAUCUGGAUACCCUGUGCUCAUCGAAACCGGAGGCUUCAACAUUGGGCUCAACUUUGGGUACUGCACCCUCUUGGUGAUGGAAGAUCUGGACGUGAUCCCUCGGGAUGAGGUUCGCUCCGUGAAUGUUCAGCUCGUGACCUACAAUGGGAACCAGGGCUCGGCCUUCGGCUCCAUCAACAUCGGCUUCACUUUCGAUCACGGGGGUGAAGUAGAGGCGCACGAGCUCGUGACGGCUUACAUUCUGACGGGAAACGCAGGGCAAGGGAAUGACAGGAUCCGGUGGAUCCUGGGGUUGAUCUUCGUGUGCAUGACACUGGCCAUGAUCCGGCACGACACGAAGAAGUGGUAUCGAGCCAGGCAUGCCAAGGCCAGGCGAAACAAGUGUCACUGCUGCUGCGGCUUCACGUUUUUCACUCUGAUCAUCCUCAACGUUCUGAUGUGGCUGGGCUGGGCAUCGUUGGGCAAGGUCAUAGCGUUCGAUGUGGUUCUUCAAGGCACCUCCUCCGAAGAGGACUCGGUCAUGGCCGCGCUAACUGGGCAGAUUCUGGCUCUCCAAGAAGCGGCUCUGUUCUCGUGGUCACUUCACAUCAUUUUUCUCCUCACAACCUUGGCCGGACUCUACCGCUGGAUAUUCCAGUUUGUCGCCUCCUUCUGA